AUGUUCAAAAUCGCCAGCGCGCUUUUGGCGCUGACCCUUGGGGUUCAAUCGGUCACCAUAUCUCUGUGGUCUGACACAUCGUGCGUGCAAUACAAGGUGCUCACCUGUUCCAACAUCGCGGAGGGAUCGUGUUGCACCAAUGGCGCGAACGGUACAUUCGCAGGCGCGCUGUACAAUGGCCUCCCUCUACCGGCCGCCCAGGGGAUCGUAUUUCCCACAAACAGAAUGGGCGCGAAUGGCUGCACUGACACCAACUCGUGCAAUGCUGGGUUUGGAACGAAUCUCUGCCUUUCCUGCGACAAUGCACUUGUCGGGGCAAACUGGAUCAUGGCGGUGUCAAAGCGAGAUCUGGACUGCAACCCCGUCGAUCCUGACAUAAUACACUUUCCAAAUGGCCGCAGCUUUGACAUUUUCCACGAUGUACCGCGCAACGACUCACUGGCUUUAGUCCAACUUCGUCAGGAGGAUCCCUAUCUUCAAGGCCGACUACCAGAUCGGUUGUUGCGAUAUGAAAGGCACUGA